AUGUCCUAUCGAUUACUCGACCUAGACUUCAGCGACGGCGGUGCUCUGGCGCAAGCCUCCAUGGAUGCCUUCUACGAUGACCCCAUGCAACAGAGCCUUUUCCCAGGAAUGACCAAAGAAGAGCGCGUCAAGGGGGUGAUAUCCCGAUGGCCAAGCAACUACGCAAGCCUGGACAAACACUGGACCAAGGUCGUUGACGUCAAGAGCGGGGACAUUGUGAGCUUUGCGAGCUGGGUCUUUGCCUAUACCGACGUUGUGGGCUCACUUAAAAAGGUCCCUGGUAAGACAGCGUCUAUUUUCCCUCUCCUCUCGUGCACUACAAACAGAGCCCGCCAGUCUGUGUAG